UCUUCCGCGUAUCGGUACACGGUUCAUCUUGAAGGGCACCGUGCAAUUCACAUAAGUUUCUCGCAUCCAUUCGGGGCAAAAUGAACCCUGCCAACAACGUAGCUGAAUCUCUACGUCGUCUCGAAGAAGAGGUGGAGCAACGACAAAGUAUUCUGCGUCUCAUCAACCUACCCGACAAGACGGCCGAGAAAAACUACACCAACAGAGCCCAACUCCUAAAUGGACUUCAUGCCAUUCAACAACUGGAAUUACUCGAAAGCGAGUUGCUAGACAACUUUUCCAUCGAUCAGUUUGGCAGAAUUCAGGUUCACACCCCUGGCUCGUUGUGCAAAAGCUUCGCGAAAGAGUUCAUACGUGUCAGAAAAGUAAGAGAAGCCCGGUCAAUCUUGAUGUCGCUUGUGAAGGAGCUCCUCCACGAUAUCAAGGAAAUCUGGCGUGCAGAAGGUCCCAGAUACCCCGAGCAGUUCCCGUGGUUCACGCUCUUAUGGGGUGUCCAGGAGCUUGGGAAUUCCGACCAUCCCAUCCCCGAGAACGUAUUGGAUAACACCGCAGAAAUUAUUGACACUUUCUGCCACAAAAUACAAGGAAUGAAAGUGCUUGCACAAAAGACGUUGCUUGAAAUACAAUUGUCAGAACUCAGGCUUGCGAGGAUCUAUGACAUUUGUCAUGCCUUUGGGUUACGUGAAGAUGAUUGGCGAAGCAUAGAGGCUCAUCUUUUACGAGGCGACCGACCUACUCUGGAGACAUUUGUUGAGGAGAGGGUUUCUCUAUCGGGGAAGCUUGAAAAGUUUCUUCAGACUGCUUCUCGCGUUCGUAGCAUUCUCGAACAUCACCGUGUGUUGUUUAUAUUUGGCUUCAAUCCCGAGCAAUGA